AUGUCCAGCCCCACCAAAACAUCCGAAACCCAGCGCCUACUCGAACAACAAAGGAAGUUGGCGGAGGAGAAGAUGCGGGAGAGGGCGGAGAAAGCGAGGCAGAGACGGUUGGAGGAGGAGAGGGAGAAGGCUGAGGAGGAGGAGAUGGCCCGGGCGCUCGCGGCAGUGGAGCAAGUGGCGGAAGAGGAGUGGCUGCGAGAGGAAGCAGCGGCUCAACAACGGCUGCAAGAACAGGAGGCGGCUGAGAGGCGUAAAGCGGCGGCCAGGAAAAGGGCCAAGGAGAAGAGGGCUGAGGAGGAGAGGAGGAAAAGGGCCAAAGAAGAACGAAAGGCCGAAGAGGAGCGAGCAGCCGAAGCGGCACGGCAGGCGGCUAGGCCUACGGCCUACCCAAGCACGGACGAGGAGGACAAAGAAGUGGUUGUAGAACGAACCAAGCGCAAAGGCAAGGGCAGGGUCGUCGAGUCAUCCGAUGAAAGUAGUUCGGAGGGCGAGAGUGGGAGCGAGGGAGAAGGAAGAAGGGGCAGGGAGAAGGAGAAGGGGCAAGAAGAAGAAGACGAAGACGAAGACGAAAAGGAUGACGAGGAGCCGGAGACGGCUGCGGCCACGAAGGGGAAGACGAAGACGGCACGCAAGGUGAAGUGA